ACUCGUUACUUCUCCGCGGUUUGAAAAUAUCGUUAUUGAGGCUCUACUCCGAAGCAAAACAGCCAGAGAAGACGUGGUUUUCGAAGGAAGAUCUAUUCCUUCCAACAUCAUGUUGAUACGCAUUCGUAAAGGUUCUUUAUACUUCUUGAAAUAAGCGAUUUCUACAAAUAAAAUGAUGUUUUCUCAGACUCUUUGGAUCACAAUUUGGAUUGGAUUAUUGACGCUUGAAGACUGUGAAAGUUGCACAAAGAAGACUGCUGACAGUAACCAUGGCAACAGAGAUUCGUCUGAUAAGUGUGGGCGUGGAGUUGGUGAACAACAGCCUGUUGUUGCUAACAAAAUUGGUGGACUCAGACACUUUUUAAAUGCAUCUGAAAUGUAUAAAAAAGAUCAGAAGCAUGUUUCUUCCUCCUUUACAUGGAAUAGGGUCGAAGCAUCAAAGUUUCUGAGUCUUCUUUUCGUACUUCAAAUGAAGAAAGAUGUCACGGUUUUCGAUUCAGUUCACCAGUUGUCUCGUCGGUUCCGGCGCCAGGUUCGUGAUGAAUCAAAGACUGUUGUGAGUGGUCAAACUGUUGUUUUGACGUGUCCGUCUAAUGGUCAGAAAGUGGAAAACGUCGUCUGGAGUAAAGAUGGCCUCACGUUACCUGUCAAUCCUAGGCAGAGCAUCCUAAGAAACGGAAGUUUGUCCAUUCGGGAAGCGACGAAAACCUCUGACGAAGGUACAUACGAUUGCCGUUAUCGUGACGAUAGAUUUAGAACCAGAAAUAAUAUCAUCACUCUUCGAGUUUCAGAAUCCCCCGCCAUCUCCGCAUUUCAGUUUCCUCCAGAUCUUGUAGUGGGAAUGAGGGUAAAAGUAAUGUGCUUUGUUAUUCUUGGAGAUCCUCCAUUUCUUUUGCAAUGGCUGAAAGAUGGAUCCACUCUCUCUCCCAGCUAUGGUUUAAGUGUACAGUACUUUCAAGAUUAUAGUAUCCUUUCGACAGAAAACUUACUCCCAAGACACUCAGGCAAUUACACCUGUAGUGUCAAUAACGGUGCAGGAUCGGCAAGUUACAGCGCCCUCUUGACGGUAAAUGCGCCUCCUAGCUGGAUCGUGGAACCACAAAACUCGGAAGUUGCCGAAGGAAAGUCUGUUCGAAUCGACUGCAGUGCCGAUGGUUCACCGACACCUACAAUAACAUGGAGAAGAACUACAAAAGACAAACCCACGGACUACACACCAGUUUACAACAGUCAUAAGCACACCCUCUUACCCAACGGCUCACUUCUCGUCCAUUCAGCUGGCAAACCCGAAGAAGGUUAUUACCUCUGUGAAGCCCGAAACGGCUAUGGCGGAAACCUCAAUAAAUUGAUCAACCUUACAGUGCACCUGCCUCCGAAGUUCGACACCAAAUAUAAAUCUCAGUCAGCACAAAAGGGCCAAUCAGUGGAGCUUUCGUGUUCAGCGACUGGGAAUCAACCUAUCAAAUUUGUUUGGAAAAAAGACAACCGUUUCCUUAUCAACAGUUCUAGAUAUCAGUUAACAGUAUUAGAAGUUCCACAUUCGAAUCAACUGUCGACCCUGAGAAUCAUGAGGACGACCAGAAACGACUCGGGAAUUUAUUCUUGUCUUGCACGUAAUGAUUAUGGAGAAGACGUGAUGAAGUUUCAAAUGUCGAUACAAGAGGCACCCGGUCCAGUAUCUAACAUUUCUGUCACCAACGUGACGGGAAGAACUAUUUCUCUUGCCUGGGUGGAACCAUACAACGGAAAUAGCGACAUCUCUUGGUACUUAAUAAAAUAUCGGAAAAAAAAUGUUGGGCAACAACAGAAGUGGUUAGGCAACAAGACUGUGGAUGGGUCUGAACGAGCAGCUGUCAUUAGUGGCUUAGAGCCAGCAACAAGUUACUUAUUGAGCAUUACUGCAAAUAAUUCGGUUGCUUGGAGUACACAGAGCAAAUGGAUCGAGGUGGACACUGAAGAGGAAGUUCCAAGUGCUCCACCACUAGAUGUCUCUGCGCAAGCUACUGGCCCUAACUCCAUUAAAAUGAUGUGGAAGCCGCCAAGACAAGAACAUUGGAAUGGGAAGAUUGUUGGGUAUUACAUUGGCUAUAGACCUGCUGAAGAAACGAUGUACUCGUACAAAUCAUUCAACGUCAAAGAUGUAGCAGAACAGGAACAGUUUCACGUGACAAACCUUCGGAGAUCAACCAUCUACUACAUCACCAUCCAUGCUUUUAACAGCAAAGGAUUAGGUCCAAAAUCUGACGAAAUAGAAGUAAAGACUCUGGAUGAUGUUCCUCCCAGCGCUCCUCAUCUAGAGAUGUUAUCUAAGUCAACCUCGUCGGUCACUUUAAAAUGGUCUCAACGAACGACGUUUGGUACUAGCGUAGUAGACUACACGCUUCAUUACCGAGAUGAAAACGAAUCGGGUUGGAUAGUUGUUCCCAUAGCAACUCACCAGAAUCAGUACACAGUACCAAAUCUGAAGUGUGGGGCGACCUAUCAGUUUUUUAUGACGUCACACAAUACUGUCGGUAGGAGCGAACCAAGUAACAAUCUAAACAUCAGAACAGCAGGAGCUGCUCCUAUAUCACCAACUCGAGAAGAUUUCAUUGUUGUCAAUACAACCACCGUAUAUCUAAAUUUCUCCAAAUGGCAAGAUGGCGGCUGCUCCAUUAAUUCCUAUACGGUGAAACUCAGGCAGAAGUUUCGCAGCCACUGGAGGACUCUAGCUGAGGACUUCCCGUUUAACAACAGAUCCCCCUUUCCGAUCCAGUCUUUGUCUGUGGCUACUUGGUACGAACUCUUAGUCAUUGUACAAAGUUCCGCCGGAGCUACUGAAGCUAUGUACGAUUUUAAAACAAAGAAUAAAACAAAAGAAACAGUAUUUCACGGAACUGCCGAGGUACCAAAAUCUCGGGCGAGUUUUUUCAUCGUCGACUUAGAAAUACUUAUACCUAUUGCUGUUUCUAGUUUCGUUGUUGUGGUGGUCAUUGUCGUGGGUUGUGUGCUUUGUAUACGAGAAGCACGAGCUCGACGGUGGAGAAAUGAAAAUCAAGUUUAUGGAAAGUCCACUCAAGAUACAGUGCAAAUGAAAGAAAUUGGCAGCUCGCCAGCUUUAGACUACGUAUCAAGUGAAGAGGGAACCCAGCGUUCUUCAGCCUAUUACCAAACAACUAGUCAGUGCCCUCCAAAUCAGUCAAUGUUCAGUCCUCGGCCAGGUAGAGAUAGGAGGAACUACACCCAUACGCCACCCCAUACGAUACUCUACCAGUGCCGCCCUCUAGUGACAACCAACAUCAACCAGGAACUUCUGGAAUACGCACUCUCACAAGAAGGGGAAGAGACAGGCGUUCCAAUAACCUCUACAGCAGACAGGAUGAGUCAACGAGAGCGGCCUUAUGAAACGCUGGUGUUGAAUCCUGACCCAACUUAUUCUAGAUCCAGCCAUCAGUGGGAUCUAUAAAUAAUGCUUAAAAGAAGAACAAAAACAUACUGUGAUGAAAUAAAACAAGAAAAUUAAAAUGAUGUGUUUUUAUUGUGGCUACAAAUAUAUUGCUAAAAACUCAGAUUGAAAAUAAACAGCCAAAUAAAAACAGAAGAGAACAGUCCAUCAAAUAUCAUUUGGAAGGUUUCGUCAAGAUUGUUAGAAGAACAGGUAGAGAAAUUCUGUUUGGAGUUAACCACUUUUGUUAAUCUCUCUCUCUUCUUUCAGUUCUUUAUAAAACAAGUCGUCAAUGCAUUUUUAUUUGCCACAGUUACUCCACCCUUUCAUUAAAACUAUUGAUAUGUACAAAUAAUGUUGUUCUGUAUCUGCAAACAUAUUAGAUUACAUUCAAUUGGCUGAAAAUUGUUUAUAAAUAUAUAUAUAUAUAUAUAUUUGAAUGCAUUAAUUUUCCUAUUGUACAAGUAGUUUCAUGGUAAGUACUCCCAACUAGCAGUUACCCAGUGAAGUAGAAUUCCAGUUGAAUAGUUUUUUUUUUGUAUUGUAUUCCCUCAAUUUAUUUCUGCUUGUUUUCACUCUAAGAAUUAUUAUGA